UCCAAAGAUUUUCUCUAGAGCCAAACAUAAACCAUUAGACAGGCUACAUAUUCUUGAAUUCUCCUACAGUCAUUCUUCCACUUCUUUUCUCUGUCCUCUUACACACUCUCUCUAAGUCUCUACAAGCAAAUAAACCAACUUCAAAGUCCAGCAGAGAGGCCAAAACUUUAUCAUGCAGUUCUCACCAAUGUCCCUCAUCCAAACCAGUUAAUAUAUCACAUACAUAACCAUACAGUUUUUGUUUUAAUUUUGGGAUCAAAAUGGGGUCUGCAACAUCUUCAAUGGCAGCUAAGUUCGCAUUUUUUCCACCAGACCCGCCAUCUUAUGACAUCUAUGUUGAUGCAUCCACUGGGAAAAUGAGAAUGUCCGAUGUUCUUAAUCAUCAGAGAGAGGACGUGGACGUGGACGUGUUGAAGAUAAGCACCAAGAAAGGGAAUGAGAUUGUUGCUAUGUACGUCAAAAACCCAUCUGCGUCUAUGACCCUGCUCUACUCUCACGGCAAUGCUGCUGAUCUUGGACAAAUGUUUCACAUUUUCACUGAGCUUAGCCUUCACCUUGGAGUUCACGUUAUGGGAUACGACUAUUCUGGAUAUGGACAGUCAUCUGGAAAGCCAAGUGAGCAGGACACAUAUGCGGACAUAGAUGCUGCUUAUAAAUGCCUUGAAGAGACUUAUGGAGUGAAGGAGGAAGACAUUAUAUUGUAUGGGCAGUCAGUUGGAAGUGGACCUGCUCUGGAACUGGCUAUCCAUUUGCCACGAUUGAGAGCUGUAAUUCUUCACAGUCCCAUCUUGUCUGGCCUGCGGGUCAUGUACCCAGUGAAGCGAACAUUCUGGUUUGACAUAUAUAAGAACAUUGAUAAGAUUCCACUAGUCAAUUGCCCUGUUCUGGUAAUUCAUGGAACAGAAGAUGAAGUAGUGGAUUUCUCCCAUGGUAAGCAGCUCUGGGAGCUUUGUAAAGAGAAGUAUGAACCUUUGUGGGUCAAAGGAGGAAACCACUGCAACUUGGAACUCUAUCCUGAGUACUUAAAGCAUCUCAGGAAAUUCGUAUCAGCCAUAGAAAAACUACCGCGUCCUCAGUUUGUUUCUGAACAAAGUACAGAACAAUUAUCAGAGCAGUCACUGACUGCCACAGACCAAAAGUCCAGAGCAAGCACAGAGCUUAGAGAGAAGUCUAGGCCAAGUACUGGGCAGAGAGAAAAAUCUAGGCUGAGCACAGACAGUAGGGAAAAAUCAAGAACCAGCACUGACAAGAGGGAGAAGUCAAGAAGGAGCAUGGAACGGUCUGGAAAGGCAAGGAACAGCACAGAUCAGUCAGAGAGAGCAAGGAAUAGCUUUGACCGCUUGGGAGACAUGGUGAGAUCAGUUGGAUUAUGUAAUGUGGAUUGUUUGAAGCAGACAGCUUUGGAGGCCUGAGGUUAAAUGGUUAAAAGAUUCAGUGCUUGUGAUUGGGUUGUACAUUUCUGUUGGACUUCCAUGUUUGGUUGAUUGGUUGGAACUAUUACAGGAAAAGGUGAGGUCCGUGAGGAACAUUCCAACUUCCGAGUGUUGGUGGUUCAGGAGGGCAAGUUGUUUUGGCACAAAGUAAAAUUUGUACAUCUGUUUCAGAUUUCAUAAAUUCAUUUGGAAUUAUAACAUUUUGGCAAAUUUGACUUUCAAUUUGAGACAUACCCAUAUGCCUAAUGUCUAUACA